GGCUCCUGGUUCCACUGCUGAGCUACGAAACUAGUUAGCAUUUGAUUUCAGUGUUGCUGCCAAGAUAUGGAACACAAAUCCUGCAAACUUCCCUUUGUUCGCUUGUUUUACAUCUUGUUCCUGAGUCAUCUGGUGUUCUGUCAACUUGAUUAUAAAUACUAUGAUAGCACUUGUCCCAACCUCACAAGAAUCGUUAGAUAUGGAGUUUGGUCAGCUAUUGCUAAUGAUAGUAGGAUGGCAGCCUCUCUCUUGCGACUUCACUUCCAUGAUUGUUUUGUUAAUGGAUGUGAUGCGUCUAUCUUACUUGACGAUAUUGGCUCAACAUUUGUGGGGGAAAAGAAUGCAUUAGGUAAUCGAAAUUCAGCUAGAGGCUAUGAGGUCAUAGACAAUAUAAAGGCCAAUGUGGAGAAAGCUUGCCCAUCAACCGUUUCUUGUUCUGACAUUUUAACUCUUGCAGCAAGAGAUGCUGUUUAUUUUGCGGGCGGGUCAUACUGGACGGUACCCUUAGGUCGCCGAGAUGGACGAACAGCAAAUAAGACUGCAGCCAAUGAACUCCCAUCACCUUUUGAGUCCUUAGAUACCAUCAUUGCAAAAUUCAAUUCAAAGGGUCUUGAUAUAAAGGAUGUGGUUGUGCUAUCAGGUGCUCACACCAUUGGCUUUGCUCAAUGUUUCACAUUCAAAUCAAGGCUCUUCAACUUCGGUGGCUCAGGCAAGCCUGAUCCAGAACUUGACGCAUCAUUUCUGAAAGGUCUUCAAAGCGUGUGUCCAGAUCAAGUUGAUUCAGACACCAACUUGGUUCCUUUGGAUUCUGUCACCAGCACCAAAUUCGACAACAGCUACUACAAAAAUAUUGUGAACAGUUCUGGUAUUUUGCAGUCAGACCAAGUUCUCGGCACAGACAAUAGAACUGCUUCAAUGGUCCUCAACUACAACAAGUACCCUUUCCUGUUUCUGAAAGAUUUUGGAGCAUCAAUGGUGAAGAUGGGCAAUAUUGGUGUGCUGACAGGACAAGAUGGGGAGAUAAGGAAGAACUGUAAAGUGGUCAACUAGUCAGCUAGGAACUUGUAUCUAUGAAGGCAGCGAAGGAAGUGUCUUCUCUGUUUUCAUCAAGUGUGAACUUUGGCCAGGGAAUGAAAAUGCGGGUUUCUGAUUAGUGUGAACAACUGCAUGUAACCUUAUGCUUUGACAUGUAAAUGUAUUCCUGAUGUAAUGUGGGGACCUCCCUAGGUUCAGUCUCAUCACCCUUGUUCAACUACAUGAAAAUAAUUGGCAAGUUGCAUUGCUGCUUCCAUUGUAGAAUUAGGUCCUCAUGAGUUCUAGUCUUGUCUAUUGAC